UAGUUGUCAUUCAUGCAUGGUUGUCUCUACGGAUUGCUUGUAGAUUGCAUUCUUUUUUCCGCGAUAAAAAGUUUUUCAUCCCAAUUUGCAGCUUUUGAGUUAAACAAGGUUGUUGAAGGCAAUGGUUCUCGUGAUAACAUUGUUAUAAGAGCAAAAGUGUAGUUCAAAAGUAUCUUUAGUGAUCAAAUCGACUACGUUCUGUGUGAAUUGCGUAUCAUGUAACUUUGUGGUUUAUUUUGCGGGCUGAACUAUCUAUUUUCAACUCGAGAUUCUUCCUUGCAAUGCUCCACCCAAAAUAAGCAACCAUGAGUUGGCUCCGGACAACCAGCCUCUCGUUCGCUCGCCAGCUGUCGAGGUCCCUGGACCCUCGACACGACUACGAGCCCCAAGCCUGCUACGUAUCAUUUUGCAAGCACUGGCAACAAGCACACGAUAUUAUACUUAAAUCUCAACCGACCCACCUCCACGACGAUGUCCUGGGCGUAGUGAACCACCUGGAACAGCUCUCCACCCUGCUGGUACUGGAGGCCAAAGCCAGGGAGAUCAACACCGCGACCAGUCCCGCCUCCUGCCUGGAGUACCUGCUCAGUGAAAACCUGCUGGACAAGCUGUAUGAAUGGGCUGUGUGUACUGGGAAAUACGAAAAUGCCGUGCGUUUGGAGGAACUCAAGUUAUUUGGACAUCUUAUCAGCCAUUAUAGUACCCAGGUGAUUGCUGCAGAGCCCUUUCUACGACCACUGCUGAAGUUGUUAAGCGGAUUCCGAAAUGAAUUACCUCCACCUAAUCUUGAAAGCCAGCUAGUGACGGUACUGAACCAGCUCUGCGUGGCGUUGAUGCAGAACAUCAAGUUCUUGGAUUUGUUCUUCCUCACCACGCACACGCAGAAAGGAUCGCAAGCUGAGUUCAUAAUAGUCCGCCUCCUCCUCUCAUCAGUCCAUCGCGAGGGCAGCACUGGGUCGGCGGCGCGGGACGCACUACUGCUGUGUGCCAAGAUGUCGGCCCGGUGUCCACAGCUAGCCGAGUUCAUGUUGGCUGGGAAUACUUGUCCUGUACUCGCUACCGGUCUCAGCGGUCUCUACUCGCUCCUGCCCCGUACCCUGAACGACCAGGUAUACCGCCUGACCCCCGACGACGUGAACCACGUACACAAACUGACGCUGUUCAUAGACUCGCUCGAGUUCUGUAACGCUGUCGCACAGGUAGCCCACCCCUCAAUAAAGAAGCACCUCCUGGACCUAUUAUACCAAGGGUUCCUAGUACCAGUCAUGGGCCCAGCGUUACUACAGACGAAAGGGGCGACGUUGCAGAGUGGCGCGGCGGAGCAGGCGGCGGCGAUGGCGUACCUCGAGCUUCUAUUGCGAUGCGUCACCAGACGAGGGUUGCUGAGGGCCGUGCUACAUUUCCUCUUUGUGUACGAGUAUGAUGGGGUUAGAGUCGUCGAUGUGCUGUUGAGGAGGCUUGAAGGGAAUUCUCAGCUAUCACUAGUCUCCCUGGCGCUAAUGGAGACUCUGAUCGACCUGAACUGUGAAGAUGUGAUGGUAGACCUGGUCUUCAAGCACCUGCUGAACGGCCACCACCUGAUGGUAGCCUACAGACAUAAGAUAGCUGAUCCAGAGCCUUACAGAGACGCGGCUAUCGCGUUCUUGGGACUCUCGCCUAGGUGCUGCUCGAGGCCUAUGGAGAUGACAAAACAGUGGGUGGACGAGCUAGCAAUGAGUGGACGCCGUGUCCUCGAUCUGAAGAGCGACACCGAGAGGCGGGUGAAUGGAGUCCACGACGACAUCGCCAUGAGCAGUCUGGUGCAUGAAAUCAAAGUCAAUUAUGGAAACCCCAACGACACACUAUUCGGUAACUACCACGCCUACAUCUGCGACUCGCGCUUCGAAAUAGUAUCCCGCGUCCUAGCAUGCAGUAACUGGAGCUCGCGGUACGACAGCGUCACGCCGCCAAAAAGAGAAACAAACAACAAUACAAAAGAAACGAAAGAGAUAGACAUAGCCUCACCGAAAGAGCAGGACAGCCUUAUUUCAUGUACGAGUGGGUACGAGACAAAAACAAGUGACAGUUCGGAAAAAGAACAACAUAGUCUGACGUCAUUGAAUGAACAAGAGAGUGAAGUAAAGACCGAAUUGAAUGAAGUAAAAGAACAUGAUAGUUUGACGUCUACGGGGGAGAGUAGCGGGUAUGAGAGCUUUAAGUAUAAAGAGGGGGAGGGGGAUGAGGGAUUCGCUGAGGAGUUGUUCCGGAGGAGUUUUGUGAAGAAAGAGGAUAAUGGGUACGAGGGGGAAGUGCCUUUGAUUAGGAGCUGGAGGGCCAGUGCUGAAUCAAUUAUUGGCCCAUUACUAGCCAGCCUUCUGAAGAAGACAGCGGUUCUCUUAGAAUCGGAAGUGAUAGUAAACUGCCGCGUCACGAGUGUGGUCUCCAAGUUGGCCUCACUACCUACUCCUCUGCUGACCUCGCUACUGCUGUGUCCCGGAUUCGUACUGCAGCCGAACGUGCCUUCUUUGUUUCAAAUACUAAGUAAAUUAAAAGAAGAGGUAGACGAGCUGACGGAAGGUAUAGACAACACGGGCGAGCUGGUGGACAAGGCAAGAGUUUACCUCAUACAACGAGAGAUGGCGUUGGUGAAGACACGCGGCCCGACGAAUGACGAUGGUCACGGCCACGACUCACCGUCCCAGAAAUCGGACGACUCGCCGUUCCGCCGUGUCGAGGCGAAACGCCGCAGUCUCUCCAACAGCAUAUCCAACAUGUUCGGGAGGAGAUUGUCUUCUUCAUCGCCCUCCCAGCACCACAUGCAUAGUCCACAGCCCCACACAUACGCUAGUCCACAAAAACGACCAGUGUUCACACAGGAAUCGUAUUGGAACCAAUCUAUUACACUGCGCUCAAUACUAAACGCCGUCAUACUCGACGAAUGGCUCAAAGAAUUAGCUGCACUUUGCGAAGAACAUGCCCUUAGACUUUCAGCCAACCACUACGAAGAUGAAAGCUACGUUCAAGCAGUAGCCUUAUGACUGAGAGCCAGAACCGCUGAAGGCAUUUACGUAAAAAGAAAUGCCCUCAACGGAAAAACUAAUGACACAUUCGUCUGAAUGCAAUUCGCCAUAAUAACGUUACUCGAUAGCAACUAUCGAUUCUUUAGUCGAUUUUACGAUUGGUGUUCACUACUUUUCAUAAUCGACUAAUUUUUAAAGUGAUGUGGGAAGUAAUCACAAAAGUCUUAAGUGUUUUUGAAACAUGUGAUUUCAAGGUGUUGAGAGUUGCCUUUUAAGUAUAGCAGGAAUUUACAACGUAAUGUAAAUAUUAAAGUAAGGAUCGGAUUUUACGAAUAAGUGACGACAUUUGAACGUUAACGAUUUUUCUACAAACAUUGUUGUUUUAGGUGUCAAUAACAAGCAGUAUUUAACGUAUUAAUUAUAGCGUAGUUAAAUAAAAUCUACCAACAACUUUUUAACAUAAAUCUUACAUCUAAAAUUAUUCUUCCCGUAACUAGAUGAGCUUUUAAUCGUGAGAGAAACGAUCGCGUCUUUAAAAUAAUCGACUAAAAUCGUUAAUGUUCGUGUUUCAAAUGUCUUAGACGAGUUUUUACGAACAAAAAUAUCAAUUAUUUUAGAUUGUACCCUGUGUACACUUUAUUUAGUUGUAGCAAGCAUCACAUACUUAAUCUAAGUACCUAACUUUACUAGAAUAAUUUAGUUGCAAUUAUUUUUUAAAACGUAUGAACUAGAUUGCCAUCAACGUAAUUUUGAACUGUGAUUUUUGUAAUGUUCAAAAACAAAUUUAAAAUAAAAAUAUUUCGUGAAUAUUUAUUGUGAAAAUGAAAUGGAUAAUUUUGUCUGUGUGAUUUUUUAUUAAUUUUUAUUGUCUUGAUCUAUGUUUUUGAGUAGUAUCUAAUUAUAUUUGGUUUGUAGGCAUUGUUUAAUAGCCGAGUCAAGUUUCUCGUCAAACAGUUACAUAAGUAAACCGAAAAGCAUAAUAAUUACUUGUUUAAAGUAAUAGCAGUUUUACAGAUUUUGAAUUAAUUUAUAUAUCAAUGCAAAAUACCUCGUUGGUCAAGUGGUUGCAAGUCCAACUGCCGGGCAAGGGGUCUCGUGUUCGGUAUAUGGCAAUAGGCUUACCACCUGUUACAUGGGACUUACAACAUAAAUUGUGAAAUGUGGGCGUACUUUGUACAGUGGCAAUCCUUGCCAUAAUGUGUACCUUUGCUUACCCCUUCGGGGAUAAAAGCCGUAACGAUAUAAUAAUAAAAUCAAUGCAAAAUAAAAAAAAUAACUUAGCAUUUAUAACAUAAGUUGGAAAUGGUGAGAUUAUUUAUAAACAGUGCCUAUAAACUAAUUUUAAUACUAUCUGAUGUUAUAUUUUAUUUGAAAAUUACUUAUUAUUUUAAUAUUGUUUUACUAACAUUGACUUUUGUAUGUUUUUUUGAUUGAAAAAAAUAAUUAUAUAAUUAUUGUCUAAUAAUUAGUUAUUUUCGUGAAACGAUUAUUAUUUUUAUGCUUUUAUCUUGUUUAUUGUUUGGACUCUUCAUACAUUUUUUUUUAUUAUAAUUUUGCUAGUAGGUCUAUAUAACGCUCAAAAUGUUAAGGUGGUUCUACAUUUGAGGUGACUUCGACCAUUUUAAUGACAGUUAAUGUGCAAUAAAUCAAAUGUAGCACUGCCUUUAAUUUCGUCCUAUUGAAUAAUAUUUGCGAAUCGUCCAUCUCCGUCCUAAGGAUGAAAAAAUAUUUUAUUUAAAUAUUUAUCUAUUUAUAUUCUGUAUCCAAAAUGUUGUUUGCACAAAAUUGUACAAUGACGUGUUUGAAUGACGAAAUUUAACGAGAAACGUUUACUGUGAUCAUAUCGUAAGACUAAAUUGUAUGAAUUCGACUUUUUUCGGAAAACAUCGAACCUUUAGCGGUUCUCUUGUAACUGCGAUAUCUUUCAUUGGUGUUCAAACCUUUUUAUAAUAUUUUAUUCAUUUUGUAAUUAAUAAAAUAAUAUAAUUAACAUGCAGGUGAAAUAAAUAAUAUUUAUUAGGUCAAUUUUAUUGUAUUAACCUUGCCAGUUUUUAAUCUGUUCCUGACUUGCCCAUUGAUUGGAUACCAUUACAUUUUCUGAACCUCUAAACUAAAUGCAGUAAUAUGCACAAAACAUGUAUGGAGUGUUAUGUUACGUGAGUUUUAUAUUCUUAAAUAAAACUAUUAUUGAUGAAUUUUAAUAAAGAAAUGUGAAUAACAAA